AUGAACAGCCAAAUCAUCACCGAGUAUGACCAUAGCUGUGAAACUUACCUAAACCAGAUCGAUACUCAAGGUUCCCCGAUUGGAACACAGACCUGGAUUCCUGGAACCGAGAAGCGUAAUCCUCUGAGUCGAGGCUGGGAGAUCGGCGAUGCUCAGACCCCCCAGGAAGAGACUAUUGACUGUCGAUGGUCGAUCGCUAGCCUCAGGCCGCCAGGCGCCCGGCCUUAG